AUGGUGGCGCCCUCUCGGUAUCUGCUCGCUAUUGGACAAUGGGAGGAGUACUGCAACAUUCAGAUGGGGCCCCCAGCCAAGACAUCCACUUGGAGGGCGAUCAAAGGGGUAAACCCAUUCGAAUCUCAUCAGCCUUGUUGCCCUGCUCAAGUGAUCUGCCGCAGCAGAACUAUGGUCCGCAGCUGUCAGAAGCAGAAGCUAUCCGCUUUACCAGGCUCCCCCAUCCCUGUGUCCAAUGAGAAGGCUCAUCGACAUCCGGUGCGGCUCGGCGACGCAUGGCUCACCAAGCUAUCCUACCGCUCAACACGCCUCCCCGUGGGCGCUUUCAUUUCCUAUUUCUGUUCUAUACUCGGGUUUCCUGACCUGGGGAAGUGCGUCAGAGAGCCGAAUAUGGGAAAUGAAGCAAUUCUAUGUUUGUUUGAGAGCCCAAAUCGGACAGCUUCGCAAACGGGAGUCGAAUACGAAACGGAGCCAAAACGCUCGAAUAAGCAUUUGCAGUCUCAUGUAACCGAAGAAUCGCACUACGCCUCCUAA